AUGCCGAGAGGACCCCCCUCGUCUGGCAGAAUAUCAGGUCCCAGAGAACUGAGGGGACCUCCCAGGAGACCAGAUGAGGAGUCUGGCUCACAAGACUCCAGAUCGACUGGACCCCCCUCCCCUCCCCCCAUGGGUGUCCCACGGACAUCAUCACCAUUAGACUCCCCACAGCACUACAUGGGCCCCCCUCCGCCAGGCGGCCCCCCUCCCCAGCACUUCAGCCCCCACGGCCCGCCCCCUCCCCGUAGGUCCCCCAACCCCCCUCCCAUGGGAAGAAGACCCCCUCCGAGCGAUGACGACAGACGGGACCGGUCCCAACAGCAGUCCUCGCGGCUGCCCACGUAG